AUGGGCUCUUCGGGGCGCCCUUGGUGGCGCAUCGCUGCCGGGUUGGUCCUCGUGAUCGUCCUCUGGCUCGCCCUCUCCCGGGCACCACCGCCCCAACCAGCACCCGCAGCAAACGUCGUGUUCACUCACCAGCGUCACAUGGGAUUGGUCCGCAAUGGCGUCUGGCAACCCUUUGGGCAAGCAUACGACCGAGCCGUUCCCACUCCUCUCCCACGCACCGAAGCGAACCGGGUGCUGGCCCCGGAAAUUUUGACGGCGGCCCAACAGCAGUGGCAAAGCUUUGCCCAAAACAUGCCUACCUUCACCAGCGUGCGCAGUCUCUUCCACGAGCGCGGGAUUGUCAUGUCUGGUGGUCACUACCAACUCAAUUAUGCCUAUGCAGCGGCUCGCAUGCUUCGACAACGCGGCUGUACCCUGCCCAUCGAGUUGUGGCUCAGUAGCGGUCGCAACGAGUCCCUGACCCCGGCACAGAGGCAAAUCUUUAGCCGGCUUGGUGUGGAUCUCUUUGAUACGGACGCCGCCGCCGCUGUUUUUCCCGCCAUUCGCGCUCGCAUGCACACGACAAAGCGCGGUGACAAGCCGUACGUUCUGAAACAGAUUGCGUUGAUCAGCUCUCGCUGCCGCGAGUGUCUCCUGCUUGAUGUUGACAACAUCCCCAUGCGCGACCCGACUUAUCUCUUCGAGGCACUCGAGUAUCGCGACACGGGCCACCUACUUUGGCCCGAUCUUUGGCAUAUGCGUGGAGGCCAAGCCUACAUUCGCACCAUCUUUGGCCUACCAUCCACGCAUGAGGUCGACAUUCGAACCGUUGAGAGCGGAGUCAUGGUCGUGGACAAGGCCCGCGCCUGGCGAACCCUUUUGCUCUCAACCUUUAUGCAGAUUCAAACCCAUUUCUACGACAAUCUCAUGCGCGCCCUUUCUCACUUGGGAGGGGGUGGAGAUAAACAAACCUUCUGGAUUGCAUGCAAGGCCUUGAAUGCUUCUUGUGCCAUGAUUGAUACCCCUGUCGCUUCAGCAGGUCGCAUCGUUCCCGAUACGACCAUCUUUUGUGGACGGGAGAUGAUACAACAUGAUCAUAUUGGUCAGCCCCUCUUUGUCCACUCUAAUAUGGACAAAGAGCGGUUUCAGAAGGCCGUUGCCGCAACACCAGUCUGGUCCGAGUCAUUGCGACGGGCUGAGGUCAUACGCCGACCACGGGAGGAAGCCAGCUGGAGUGUGGCUUUUACCCACCAGCCAGACUGUGGUGGCGGUGGCUGGGUGGUGCAGAUUACCAGCAAUUUUGAGUUGAUGAGCCUCCGGGAGGCCGCCCAGACUGACUUCGAACAAGAACGCUACGCUUUUAUGCGCGAGUACAUGGUAGCAUCAUGA